AUGGGCAUCGCGUGGUCGCGCUGGCUCGACGUGCUGCACGGCGGCGAGUCGGAGGGCGUGCCGCCGCCCGUGCCGGCGAUGGUGCAGCGCGCGUACGACCAGUACGCGGACGACAACGGCGUGAUGACGAGCAAGGCGCUGCUCAAGUUCUUCCAGGAGUUCCAGCAGGACAAGGGCGUGCUGCACGGCCCCAUGGCGAACCUGCUGCUCUCCUUCCCCUCGUCCAGCGCCAAGCCCGCGGACGGCAUCCCCCAGGUGCACCGCAGCCGCUCGCACCGCGCGCAGCCGCAGGGGCACCGGCACUCGCGCACGCUGACGCGCUACUCGCUGACGCUGGGCGGCAGCCGGCUCAAGGCGCAGGCGGAGCCGAACGCGGACCAGUUCCUGCACGUGCUGCUCGCCCCGCUGCUCACGCCCGCCCUCACCGCCCGGGUGAGUGCGGACAUGCGGUUACCGCUGUCGCACUACUACAUAUACACGGGGCACAACUCGUACCUGAAGGGCAACCAGCUGACGAGCGACAGCUCCGUGAAGCCCAUCGUGAAGGCGCUGCGGCGUGGCGUGCGCGUCAUCGAGCUCGACCUCUGGCCCUCCAGUGACAAGUCGGAGAUCCUCGUCAUGCACGGCGGCACGCUGACGCGGCCGGUGGGGUUUACGGAGUGCAUAAGGGCGAUAAAGGAGCAUGCAUUCACGGUGUCGGACUACCCCGUCAUUAUCACCCUCGAAGACCACCUCCCGCCCCCCCUGCAGGCCAUGGCUGCUCAGGCGAUGUGUGAGGUGCUGGGCGACAUGCUGUACAUCCCCGAGGACGAGUCCCCCCAGGGCGACUUCCCCUCGCCCUACGCGCUGCGGCGCCGCAUCCUCGUGUCCACGCAGCCGCCCAAGGGGCCCAAGGAGCUCUCCACUGUCGUCGCCCCCGCCCCUGGGGGAUCCUUCCGGGAGCCUGCGGGGGCUGAAGCAUGCUCGCCCCGUUGCAUGUCCCCACGUGGUCGUGAUGCUGAUGUGGCACAUGUUGACUCGCCCACCGAUGUGGCACGUGCUUCCUCAUCUGCUGAUGUGGCACGUCCUUCCUCAUCUGCUGAGGUGUUAUGCGCUUCUUCAUCGGAUGAUGUGGCAAGCGGUCGUGUUGUUAAUGGUGUGCUUCGCACUCUACCCGCUGCUGACGUGGCAUGCAACUCCCACGGUGCUGAGCUGGCACGGGGCCAGGCGGACUGGCUAUCAUUCAGAGACCUGGCAGAGGGGUCAUCAUCUGCAACGCUGCCUUCUGGUGCCCCUGCUGCUGCUGCUGCUGCGCCCCCGCACUCACAUCCCCUACCAUCCUCACAUGCACCUGCUAGCGACAGCCAGCUGUCUGGCAUAGAGGAGGUGACGGAUGAUCCAGGGGGAAGGGCAGGAGGAGGUGCGGGGGAAGCGGGGGAGGGCAUUUCCGCGGAGGCAGGAGCAGCACAAGGGGGGAGCGGGCGGACGCGGGGGGGCAGGGAGUCCUUUUCCUUCCCGGUGGCAGCGGAGGGGGGCGAGGAUGGGGGAGAUGACCCUACAGUGGCGCUGGGGGCGGCGCUGAGCAUGGGGAACAGACAACGCGUCAGCAGAGGCAGCCCUGUGGGGGUGUCAGGAGGGUUUUCUCGGCGCAGCAGAGGGAGUGUGUCUCGAGGCAGUGGCAGUGGGGUGGGGUGGGGCAGCAUGGGGCACAGCAUGGGGCACAGCAUGGGGCACAGCAUGGGGCACAGCAUGGGGCAGUGGUCGGGGCGGUCGUUGCAGCUGCAGCAGGUGGACGAGACUCACCUCCACCAGGUGGAGGUGCAGUGGACGCAGGAGGACGCGGCGGAGGAGGCGGCAGACGACGCGCUGACAGCCAAGGUGCCGCAGUACCGCCGCCUCAUCUCCAUUCCGGGCGGCAAGCUCAAGGGCGGCAGCGUGGAGGAGGGGCUGAGCGCGGGGCAGGGCGAGGGGGUGCGCCGCAUCUCCCUGUCCGAGACACAGCUCGCCACCGCUGCCCGCUCGUCGCCCCACCUGCUGGUCAGAUUCACGCAGCGCCAUCUGCUGCGCAUCUACCCGUUUGGCCUGAGAGUGACGUCGUCCAACUACAACCCCAUGCAGGCGUGGCUGCAUGGGGCGCAGAUGGUGGCGAUGAACAUGCAGGGGUACGGCCGCCCGCUGUGGCUCGUGCACGGCUUCUUCCGCGCCAACGGUGCCUGCGGCUACGUCAAAGUGCUGGGCCUUUCAUCGUCCUGCUACCCAUUCUUUGACUAUCUGUUUGAAAAGAAUCUGUAUCAGGACGACUUCGGAGGGCAGGUGGUGCUGCCAGUGAUGGGCCUGAGGCCUGGCUUCCGCUGUGUGCCGCUGUACGACCGCAAGGGCCGGCCCAUGGCGGGGGAGCAAGGCGAUGAGGCAGAGGGGCCCAGGCUGCUGUGUCAGUUUGAGCUGCUGAAACCAGGGGAGGAGAAGGAACCACAGGAUAAAGCGAACCCGAGUGCACAUGGAAGGAAGGUCCAUGCAUUGUCCUCCAGGCGUCGAGGGAGACAUCUCUCGUUUGCCUCGCUUCUGAGCCCCGGCAUCGCUGCUCCGCUGGAGAAGCGAGCACCGCCUCAACGCCGGGCUCUGGCAGUGAAAGCCGCUGCUGCCGCAGAUGGCGCUGCUGCGGAUGGCGCGGGUGCGGGAGCGGGCGAGGCAGCAGCCCCUCGAGUGGGCGCGGUGCUGUUCGACAUGGACGGCGUGCUGUGCGACAGCGAGGACCCCUCGCGCGAAGCCGCUGUAGCUCUGUUUGCGGAGAUGGGCGUGGCUGUGACGGCUCAAGACUUCGUCCCGUUCAUGGGAACAGGGGAAGCCAACUUCCUGGGCGGUGUGGCGCGGGUGUAUGGAGUGGAAGGGUUUGAUGCGGACAAGGCCAAGAAGAGAUUCUUUGAGAUCUACAUUGACCGGUUCGCUCGGCCCAACUCGGGCAUUGGCUUCCCCGGUGCGCUCAAGCUAGUGGAGCAGUGCCGCGCGGCAGGGCUGAGGACAGCUGUGGCGUCCAGUGCGGAUCGAGUGAAGGUGGACGCCAACCUCGCAGCUGCAGGCAUCCCGCAAGACAGGUUCGAUGCCAUCGUAUCAGCGGACAAGUUUGAGCGCCUCAAGCCGGCGCCUGACAUCUUUUUUGCUGCUGCCAAGGAGCUGGGCGUCCCCACGCACCAGUGUGUGGUGAUUGAAGAUGCCCUUGCGGGCGUGCAGGCAGCUACAGCUGCUGGCAUGAGGUCCAUAGCCGUGACCACCACCCUGUCAGCCGCCAGCCUUGCCGCUGGCCGCCCUGCUCUCAUUCGCCGAGACAUCGCUGACAUCAGCGUGGCUGCCAUCACCUCUCUGCGCUACCCCGAAGAUGAAGACGACGGCUCAUCUGGCGCUGCUGCCACGGCUGCCACAGCUGAUGCAGCAUCAUUGUCUCCGCCUGCUGCAUCAGGGGAGAGCAAGGGGCUGUGGGCGUCCAUAGAUGAGCCGCUUCCCUUGCCAGGCGGCAUGAGGGUGACGCGGCGGGACGCCAUGCGCUACACCAGCCUGGCCAUGGGGCUCGCCACCACCGCCUUCACUCUCGACAACCUCAAGGCCUUCUCCUACGCGUCCCCCAAGGCGCUGCUCAACAUGCUCACGGGCACGGCCGUGCCUCCAGCCAAUGCGGCGGGGCCACGUGGGCUCGUGAAGUACAUCCAGCAGCUGGACCGCAGUGGUGCGGCUGACGUGGUGCCGGACUUUGAGCCGCGCCUGCAGUGGCUCAACAGCGCCCCCCUCUCCUUCGACCGGGAGCUGCACGGCAAGGUGGUGCUGCUGGACUUCUGGACGUACUGCUGCAUCAACUGCAUGCACGUCCUGCCAGACCUCGCCGCCCUUGAAAAGAAAUACGAGGGCCAGCCGGUGGUCGUGGUGGGGGUGCACUCGGCCAAGUUUGACAACGAGAAGGACCUUCAGGCCAUCCGCAACGCCGUGCUCAGAUAUGACGUCGCCCACCCGGUGGUGAACGAUGGGGACAUGCUCAUGUGGCGGGCGCUGGGAGUGUCAUCGUGGCCCACACUGGCCCUGGUGGCGCCCACAGGGCGGCUCAUCGCCAUGGUGCCGGGGGAGGGCAACAGGCAGCUGUUUGACGACCUCAUAGCGGCCUCGCUCGAGUACUACGGUGCCAAGGGCGCUCUCAGCGAUGCGCCCAUCCCGCUGGCGCUGGAGCGCAGCCGGGACCAGCGCGUGGUGGCGUCGCCGCUGCGCUUCCCCGGCAAGGUGGCGUCGGACCUGGCCAACGGGCGCCUCUUCAUCUCCGACUCCAACCACCACCGCAUCGUGGUGACGGACCUGCAAGGGAACUUCCUGGCGCAGAUAGGAGGGGCGGGCGAUGGGCUGCUGGAUGGCUCGUUCGAAACGGCUCAGUUCAACAGGCCUCAGGGCGUGGCAUAUGAUCCUUCUCGGAACCUUCUGUUUGUGGCGGACACAGAGAAUCAUGCGUUGCGGCAAGUGGACCUGGUGAGCGAGAAAGUGACCACGGUGGCAGGGGAUGGGCGCAAGGGGCAGGACUACAAGGGCGGGGCCAGGGGCAGAGAGCAGCCAUUGAACUCGCCGUGGGACGUGGAGCUCACGGGGGACAGGGCGGCAGUGAUGGUGGCCAUGGCGGGGCAGCAUCAGAUCUGGCGGUUUGACCUCGACACGGGGCGAUGCGUGGUGUUCAGCGGGUCGGGCUACGAGCGGAACCAGAACGGCCGAAUGGGCUCUGACACGGCGUAUGCGCAGCCGUCGGGGCUGUCCCUGGCCCCAGGCGGCAGGGAGAUGUACGUGGCGGACAGUGAGAGCAGUGCGCUGAGAGCACUCAACCUGCAGACAGGGGGCUCCAGACUCAUCGCUGGGGGCGACGCCAACUUUGCUGAGAACCUCUUCAAGUUUGGUGACCGUGAUGGCUCUGCAUCCAGAGCUCUCCUGCAGCAUCCACUUGGCGCGCUCUCAUUGGACGAUGGCACGGUGCUUGUUGCUGACUCAUACAACCACAAGAUCAAGCUGGUGGAUCCGGCUCGCGGCUCUGUUGUCACACUCGCAGGCACUGGCACAGCUGGUUUCAGAGACGGCCCGGGAUUACAGGCACAGCUCUCAGAGCCAGCAGGCCUGGCACAUGGUCCAGAUGGUACGGUACUCAUUGCCGACACCAACAACAGCCUUAUUCGCUGCCUGCAUCUCCCAUCCGCCUCCUCCCCCACCGCCCUGCUCUCCACUCUCGACCUCUCCUCCCUCCCCCCUCCUCCCGCCGCCUCCUCCUCGACUCAGCGGCGGCGCCUGCGAAGGCGGCAGAGGGCGGACGAGCAGGUGGUGGAGGUGGCGCCAGUGGCAGCCGCCAGGGGCACACUGCAGCUUGCGCUCUCCAUCCCGGCCGACUACCACUUCACUGCUGGUGCCACGAGCAAGUUCAGUGUGGAGCUGCCAGAAGCAGGGAGUGCAGUGACAGUCUCACAGCAGGCCGGUGACCUCACUCUUUCCGGGUCGCUCGCCCUCGCCUCACUGGAUUUCACUCAGGAAGAAGCGGUUGACAAUGGCGGGAGCUCAGUGGUGCAGGUCCACUGCAAGGUGUACUACUGCCAGCAGGACGACCUGUGUCUGUACAAGGCUGUCAACUUCAAGGUCCCGUUCACACCGACUGCAGCAGGUGAAGCACAGGACGUGCAGCUGUCAUUUGACAUCACCCCUGCCCCUGCAGGCAAGGCUCUGCUGCCAACAGCAUGA